AUUUCCAAAUAAAGAAGAUCGAUUGAUCUGUUGGAGUCAUAGAGAUGAAUAUUGGAAAUGCUUAGAUGAAGCAAAAUCAGAAACGGAUUGCAAUGAAUUUAGAAAAAAAUAUGAACAAUUUUGUCCUUCUCAAUGGGAGAUGUGAUUAAGAAGAAAGAAAAUAUUCUUCAAAUAAAUCAGAUAUACUAAUACAAUGUGUUGCUGAAUCAUCAAUUUUUAAUUUUCAAGAACAAAAAAAUUAUUUUGAUAAAAUAAUGUGAUAAUAUUUACAUUCUCUUUAAUUAACAUAUAUAAGGAUUAUGCUGUUAAUUUUGAGAAAUAAAAUUAUUAGCAAAGUCUGCAAAGCAUAAUUCACAUAUUAAAAAACAGAAAUUGUGCAAUACAAUGGAUCUCUCUCAUCUACUUCAAGAAUUACAGAUAUGCAAAGAGAAUGUUGCUAUUUAUAAAAAAUUAAUAACACUUAAUCUUUCAUUUAAACAUUUAUUAACUAAAAAAAAUAAAGAAGAAUGGCAAUUAAUAUUAUUAAAUAUAAUGGAAGUAUUGACUAGUAAUCAAGAUAUGGGCAAAGAAUGGAUUUUAUUAGCUUCUCAUGCAUUUUUCAUAUUACAAUCAGCUCAAUGUGAUGCUGAAUCAUUGCAAAGAUAUUUAGCAUAUUUUUUAGAAGUAGAUUCCUCUGAAUUAUUUUUUAUUAAUAAGAUAUAUAAAAUAAAUCAUCUAGAAUUGUUCAAGUUGAUCAUUACACAUGGUUACUUACAAGUUAAUCAGAAAAAAAUAUAUUCCAAUAAUGUAUUGUGUAUUAUAUUUAAAAUUAUUUAUUCUCAUUGUGUACAAUAUACUCCUUACUCAUAUUUUGCAUAUAAGAUAUUAAAUACUUGGUUAAAUAGAUCAAUAUACACAGAUUUUUGGAAUACGAAUAGUUUAUUAAUAGAACAACAGUUGGAAAUGAUUAUAUUUUCAAACUGGUGUAAUUCAAUUAAUGAUAUUAAUAAGCAAAAUGCGACAUAUAUUUUUAAUACAUAUUUAAGAAUAAUGAUAGAAAAAUAUAAUGGGUUUUUGGAAUAUGUAUUCAAUUGUGUUGACAGUUUGUCAUGGCAAAAUGAAACAAAAUAUAUCAUAUUAGCAGAAGUUUGUAAUAUGCCAAAAUGCAAAAUUGCAAUGAUAACAUCAGAACAUUUUUUAUUAUACUUGAGUACUUCAUUAACAAAAAAUUACUUACGUUGUGUGGGCACAAAAGUUUAUAUGAAUAUUUUGAAGAGACUCACUGAAAAAGAUUGGAAAAAGUCAUUUGAUUCCGUUAUAAAAUAUCUUGUUUAUCAAUGGGAAAUAGGACCAAACAAAAAUCAUAAUGCACUUAAAUCACUUUGUAAAUAUUGGCUUGAACCAACUAUAACAAAGUACAAGAAUAUUCUAUUGCAUCUAUGGGAAUUAUGUAAAGAUUUUGUAGCACCAUUUUUUCAUUCGCACUUACAAAGGAUAGCUAAUGAAAUGUAUAUUACUUUUCCACAAGAUAUUGACCUUAUCUCUUAUAUACACCACAAAGAUGAAGUUAUAAGAUUAAAUGGUUUUGCAAUCUACUGUUAUCAAUCCAGUAAAUUGCUUAAUAACGAUAAAGUUGAUCACUUUAUUAUAAUUAAACAAUUUUUGUGGUAUAAUGCAAAUACCACAUCAAUAUUCUUAAGAGAUGGAAUAACUCAAUACUUCAAAAUAUUUUAUACAAACGUUUUAAAAAGUAGUGAAAAUUUUGAUUAUAAUCAAUAUAUCUGUGAUAUGGUAGAUUGGUUACAUGAAUUCUUAUUAGACUGUUUUGAACCUGGUUCUCGUUAUCAACGUAAAAUUCUUGGUUUAAAUUUGUACAAAGUUGUCCUUUCUAUAACUGAUACAUAUUUUUGUAAGUAUCUUAUUGAAAAAGAGCAUAAUUCCCCUAUUAUGCUUCAUAACAAAUGCACAAAAGGAGAUAUAAAAUGCAAGUUUACAAAUAAAAAAUGUUUAUUGGUUCUCUUAAAGCUACUACAAGAUAGUACACUUGAUAUAAAACAAACAGCAACUUAUAUUAUUAUUAAUUAUUUUGAGAAAGAUGUUUUAACGAAUACAGAAAAAAAAGUAAUAUUUGAUAUGGGAUUAAAAAAUUGUAAUUCAUCUAAAUUCUAUGAAGUGGAAAGUGGAGCAGCAUUGAUGAAGAUUUUGGCAACUUGGGAGCCUUUUAAUACAGAGUUUAUUACUAACAAAUGUGAAAAAAGUGCUUUGUGUAAUAAUUAUUAUGAAUUCUUUCUUUAUGAAGCACAAAAGCAAUUACUACAAAUGAAAGAAGAUAUAUUAAAAGCUAUUGUUCAUAGUGGAUCUUUUUAUGGUAUCCUUACUGCUAUGCUUAGCUCUAAUUUUGAACAUGGACUAGAAAAUUGUAGACCUCCUUUAAACUUCAUAAAAAAAUUAUUGGAUUUCUUAGAUGAUGCUAUAACUUUCUUUUUAUCUAUAUUGUCAUCAAAAUCUACAACUACAAAAUAUGCAUCAUCAUUUGCAGAAAUGGGAUUAGCAAUUAAUGAUACAAUUAAAACUAGUGCAAUAAAUGAUGAUAAUUAUGAUGAUCUUAUUUUAUCACCUGCACAUCAAGUUAUUGUAUCUUGUAUUUGGCUAUCCUUGAAGGUAUCUUGUGAAAUAGCUAAUAAUAUAGGUAGUUGUAUGUACUCUAAUGAGACGACUUCACAUGCAAUUAAGCUAAUUGCAAUGGUAUUAACAAAAUGUAGGCAUAAAGGAGCAAUCGAAGCUGCUGGAAUAGCAAUUGGUAACUUAGUAAGAUGUAUAUGCAAGAAAGAUAGUUAUGCUGAAAUAUUAAAAAUGUAUGUAAAAGAUUUAUUAGAAGAUAAAACAACAAAUACUUUGAAUAUAACUCGACGUGGUGCUGGAUUUUCGUUGAUGUUUCAUAAAAUAGUAUCUAAUGAUAAUCGUAAAGGAAGACCUCUUUUACAUUUUUCUGUACAAAAAUUACUAUACUCUUUAGAAAGGUGGUCUGAAACUAAAUUUGAAAAUAUUGAAUAUAAAUACGAUCUCCCAUUGGCAAGACAUUUAUAUUUUUUACGUACAUUGGUAGCAGACAAAAAUAUACAUGUACAGUUAACACCAUAUAUGGAGCGUAUUUCUUUAGUAUGUUUUCAGUAUUUACGAUCAGAAAUUUGGCAAAUCAGGAACGCUAGUCUUCAAUUAUUUGGUUCUAUAAUACCACGCUUGGUAGGACAAAGUGCUGGUGGAAAAGAAUUAGAUUUUGGAAAUGGAUAUUCCGUUAAUCAUUUCAUCACUCAUUAUCCAAUCCUAACAAAUCACAUAUUAAAACAACUUCAGGUUUUUUCACAAUUAUCUGAAAAUUCAAACACUAUGUUACAUGAAUAUUCAAAUAUUGUACAUAUCCUUAUAUUGCUUUCUAAGUUUUCUAUUAGUGGUUGUGAUUUUAUUGAUUAUUUAUCAUAUGAUUUUGUAAAAGAAAUGAAAAGUUAUUUUUGUAAACUUCUGGCUAAUCCUAUUGAACAUGUUAGAAUACUUACUGGAAAAGCAUAUGCAGCUUUAACUGCAUUUUCAUGCAUUAAAUCAGAAAUCGAAAUAUUGAAAUUUAAUGUUUUUUUAAUCAAAAAUGUUAAUAAGAUACAUGGGCAUUUACUUACUAUAAAAUAUUUAAAAGAGAAAUUUUUGGCUGAAGCAGAAAAUAUAAAUUCAUGUAAAACAAUGGAAUCAACAAUUAUCAAUUCUGAUGAAAAAUGUAUUAGCGAAUAUAGAAUUCAAAAUAUUGUGAAGAUCUGGAAUAAUAAGCUAAAGACUAAAAGCAAUCAACAAAUAUAUUAUACUUUAGAAUGCAUCCUCAUAGAGUUAUUUAAUUUGAAAUUAUCUCCAUCAAAUAUUGAGUAUUUUGAUAGAAUUAUAUUAGAUAGUUUAUGUAUAUUACAUAUGGAGAAGAUAAAACCAAGUUUUUAUCAAUUCAUAGAUAUUUUGACAUAUUUAUAUGCAGAUCAUAUUAAAUAUACUGGUAAUUUUAAUUCGAAAAUCAUUGAUAAAAUUGUUCAUUCUGAAUAUAUAGAACAAACUAUUAAUUUUUUAACUCGUUUGCAUUGUUUCACUCCAAUUCUUAAAAUUAUAUUACGUAUUUUAUUAUCAAUAAUAGAUAAUGACAAUGCAUUAGUCAUUAAUGCAAUAAUAAAAUUUGUAAUUACAACUUUUAAAUGUUCAUUAUUAAUUGAUAUUUAUAAAUUAAAAUUAGAGGAAACAGUUCUGAAUUUAAUUCCAAAGCUUGAUAAGGAUACUUCACAUAUUAAUGUACUACACUUCAAAAAUAUAUUAAUAGCAAUAUUUUGCAAAGAUGAAAGUAUCAUAUAUAAAACAUUAUCAGCAAUUUUUAACAUGAGUCUUACUGACAAUGAAUAUGUAAAAAAUGAAGCAUCAGAAUGUCUUCAAUUUUUUGUUCAACGUUUUUCAGAAGUAGAAUCUAAAAACAAAUUGAUAAUUAUGCAUUGUUGUCUUAUAUUACUGAAGAAUGAUACUUCUGAUAUAUGUAAUUCAGUUACUACAAUUGUACAAAAUCACAUUAUGUCUGCUAUAUAUGGUGAUAAAAAAAUGUGUGAACAUGACGAAAUUAUAUACCAACAACUACUGUUGGAAAUAGAGUAUUAUACAUCGUUAUGUAAUUCUUUUUAUCUAAAUGAUAACAUAGAAUUUAUAAGAAAGUUCAUAGGUCUUGAUAAACUUCAUACCAGGCAGUCUUCAUUAGUUGAAAAUCCUUUUAAUCAUGAAGAUAAUACUUUUUACAAAGAAGAAACAAAGUUCAUGAACAUACUUUAUUUUUACAUGCAAUCUAACAAAAAAUAUUAUCGUAUGCUAAAAUAUGAAAGCAAUACUGAAAACUGCAUCGAUGUGUCACACAUCAUUCAAAGUAAAUGUCAAUUUUUAGAAAAAACCGGUUUUAAUCUUAAUUGUUUAAGAAAUUUGUUAACACUUAAAGAUAAAGAUUAUCUAUUUAAAAAACAGGAAACUUUGAUAUACGAGUACAAGAAUAAAAAACAAUAAUAUAAAAUGUGUAUCUGUAAAGCAUUAUUUUAU